ACAAGAGAUAAGAAAAAAAAUCCUAAUUUUGUUGUCGAGCUGGGUAGGGUUUCUUUUAAUUAUACUCUAUGUUUCACUUAUCUAUGUUUAAUUUACGUUGCAAUGUUAUCUAAUAUCAAAUUUUAUAAACAAAGAUUACCAUCUCAAUGGUAAUAUAAAUUAUAAUUUUUAUCCCAGCUUUCUCGAAAGUAAACGUAAACUGUUCUAAUAAGAAGUAGGAAAACAUCCUAGGUGGCCAAAAUUAUGUCUUCCGAUGCAGAAACUUUUUUCAACAACGCCUUAUCCGUAGCUAAACAGGCUGGGGAGAUGAUAAAAAGUAAUUUCAACAAUAGAAACAAAACGGUCAAUAUAAAAUCAUGUGACAUCGAUUUGGUUACUGAAACGGAUAGAGCUGUAGAAGAAUUGGUAAUAAAAACUCUUUCAAAACAAUUCCCAGAUCAUCUUUUCAUUGGUGAAGAAUCCACUGCUGAUGGUAAAAAAGUGGAACUAACAGAUGCUCCCACUUGGAUUAUUGACCCAAUAGAUGGUACACUGAAUUUUGUUCACUUGUUUCCUCACUCAUGCAUUUCUUUGGCUUUGUUCAUUAAGAAGGAACCUGUUGUUGCUAUAAUAUAUAAUCCCAUGUUGGAACAGUUAUUUACUGCUCAAAAAAAUAAGGGCGCUUUUUACAACAAUAAAGAAAUGAAAGUUUCUGGAAAACUCAAUUUGAAUGAAGCUUUGAUUAUGUAUGAGAUUGGAACUAGCAGAGAUGCAGAUAGAAAAAAAGUUUCAAUGCAAAAUAUAGACACCUUAAUCGACAUUGCACAUGGAAUGCGUUCUACUGGGUCUGCUGCUUUGAAUAUGGCUAUGGUUGCUCUGGGAGCAGCCGAUGCAUAUUUCGAAUUUGGUAUUCAUGUUUGGGAUAUAGCUGCGGGGGAACUUUUAGUCACCGAAGCAGGUGGUGUCAUCAUGGAUCCCUCUGGUGGAACAAUAGAUAGACUUUCCAGAAGAGUUCUGGUCGCUAGUUCUAAGCAGCUAGCAGAACAGCUUUCUGCUAAAUUGGCCCAAUUUCAUCCUACACCAGUGGACUAAAACAACUUUCAACCAGUUAUAACCAUCAGUUAAUCAUAAAUAUUAAGAUAUAGGUAUUAUAAUACCAUUUGUUGUAUGUUUAUCUAUUCUAGAAAGGACCACUAACUGUAAUGCAUUUAGAAAGCCUCUACUUAUCAUAUUGCUGGGGAAAAUACAAUUUGGUUUUUCCAGCUUACUGGAAGUUGUCCCUAAAGUGGAGGUGUUUCAUAUUUAUGUUGUACUUAAAUCUACUAGGCUUAAAGUGAAAACAUACCAAAUGUCUACUUAAUAACUUCCAACAGCCAAAGAUAUUUUAAUUUUUAAGGAUUGUUUUGAUUAUGUAGAUCUGUUUUUUUGUUAAAUUUUAUUUAUAGAUACAUAUUGAAUUUGUUGAUGUAUACAAACGUUAUAGUGAUUAAUCCUUUAUACAUGUAUUCUAAUAUUCUAUUGUUUAUAACUAACUGUACUUAUUCCAAAAUUGAGGCAGGGUAAAAAAUAAUUUUAAAUGUAUAUUUGUGUCAGGAUGAAAACAAUUAAAUAUUGGUCAGAUGGG